GCUUAUGAUUUCAAGAAUAUCUCCCUAAUUCGCUCGGUAGAAACAGUAAAUUAUCAAAUUCACCUCCGAACAGAGCAAUAACUCUUAAAAUUUUAUGCCUGUUUUAAAUACUCUUCUAACCUAAACGUCUGCCACUUGAAAAUAUGCACGCCUUGUAUUUCAGCUCUCUUUUUCUGCUAAGUUUUCUCAACAUAUUUGCAGGAAAAGGCGAUGCAGAGAAGGCAGAAACCUUGUUCGUUUUCGGAGACUCGUACGCAGACACCGGAAAUCAUGAUCCGUACAAUGAAACAUUAAACCAGCCAUGGAGAAAGCCAUAUGGACUGACAUGGCCCGGCUAUCCAGCAGGCAGAUUUUCAUCUGGCAAAAUCCAGAGUGAUUUUUGGGCGGAUAUUUUAGGGCUUCCUAGUCCAAUAUCCUAUGAACAGCUGAAAAAUCAUGGCUGUGGACCAAAUUUCAAGAAGAUUAGACAAGGAGUAAGUUUUGCAGUAGGCGGCAGUGCAAUAUUUCAAGCAUACGGAUUUCCAACAGUCUCACAACAGGUGAAGCAGUUUAAGAAGCUGAUUGCAGCAAGUCCGGGGUUCGAUUCUGACAAACUCUCGCGCUCUAUUGUGCUUAUCUCGGCCGCUGGCAACGACUACGGUGCGCUCAGCAACAGGAGAAACGGCUCAACUGAAGGUUUGGAAGCUGCGGUUAAACCUGUUGUAAGCGGCAUAAUAAAGGUUGUGAAGGAUCUGUAUGAGUGUGGGCUGAGAAAUUUUGUGGUGAGUGAUAUUGCUGCACUAGGAUGCGCACCAGAGAUAGGCAAGAAAUCCUGUGAUUCCAAAUACAAUCGCAUUAUAAAACUCCAUAGUAGGUUAUUGACGGAAAGUUUGCAGCAUCUGAGACUGCAUUUAAAGGAAAUAUCCAUUAUAAUACCAGACAUGGUCUCAGCAACUAACUAUAUUUUCUCCCAUCAUGCACAAUACGGUUUGGUGGAUUUGUUCGUGCCUUGCUGUGCGGUAAAAGGCGGGAUCCGACACUGCGGAGAAGUGGAUGAAAAGGGAAAAGCUUUGUUUGAGGUUUGCGAUAAUGUGGAUGAAAAAUUCUUCUGGGAUUUCGCCCAUCCGACUCACAGAGCAUGGUAUGCUCUCAUGUCGCUCUACGCUUAUGGAGAUAAUACCAGGGGUUUUAGUUUUAUACAAGGCGCUUCUAACGCCAUUGAAUGGCUACAUUCACUUGGAUUCCUGGCUUUCAAUAUCUCCUUACGCACAGCAGAUUAGUUAUCUUCUCUGCCUCUGGAAUACCGUUGCAUUGGAUUCGUUUCUUAUUUGCAGAAGAGUACUGUUAUCUCUGCAUUUUCUUAACGGUACCAAUUUAUUAAUUUAAUGUAACUUUCUCCAUGAGCCGUGUACCUUCUACCUUCUAAAUAAUUCUAAAUAACCAUGCCUGUUUUUUUAAACUAGGCGCUUGUUUUUUUCUUUUA